AUGAACCUGCCAAAUGCUGUGCGGAUUUACGAAUUUUGGGGUAUUUCGCGUUUUAUAAAUGUUUCUUAUUGUUAUUUUCGUUAGUAUUGAUUAGUUUUUUUACUGUUUUGAUUAAGUUGGCUUGAAGAACAAGUGCAGAAGUGGUCAAAAUUUACCAUUCAUGCUUUGCUUUUGAAUUCGUAGGUUUUUCGAGAAAAUAUUAUUUAACAACUCAGAAUGGUCGUCGGCUCGCUCGUUUUCGAUAUUUUUUCAUCAUUAAUUUUUCAUCAAAAUGCAUUUCACGUAAAAAAAAAGUUGCAGGUUUCCUUUAUAACGUCAAGAUGUCGGUUCUUCAAAAAAUUGCAGACAUUGAGGCCGAGGUUCAAUAAUGCAGUGAAAUCAAGAUUAAGACUGUUGAAAAAUUUUUCAGAUGGCUCGAACUCAAAAAAACAAGGCCACUAAUGCACAUUUGGGAAUCUUGAAGGUUUUUACCCUUUUUUUAAAUUUCAAAUAUUUUUUCUGAUGAUGCGCUCGAAGUAAUUCAAAAAUCCAAUUUUUUGCGGAUUCAAAAUUGACACGUUGUUCUUUAAGAGUGAAUUCGUUUCAUAUGCAAAAUAGGAGUUUCAUGAGCCAUUUAAAAUUUUGGUCUUACAACGCACACCAGUUCAGACCUACAGGGACUAGUCCAGUUUGCACUGCGCCGUCUCCGCUUGCCACCUUAGACCAUUUUCGAUCAUUUUUUCUAUUCAUUAUACAUAAUUUCGAAGUUUGUAGUUUUGCGCGUAAAAGUCGUUAUCUCGUUGUAGGAGUCCACUGUUUUUUGCGGCUUGCGGAAUCCCUUUUUUGCCUAAUCGGGCCUUAUUUGAACGAAUUAUGCGUCAAUUUUGAUUUCGCUGAGUUUACUUUGAACAAAGAAGGAAAGUUUACCUGGCGUUACUGAGUUUGAAGAAGCUUCACUUUGAGUCUUCACACGAGUAUGCGAAUUUUGGAGCCUGAAAGUUUUAAAUGAACGUAAAAGUAGGAUGAUUUCCUUUUGGAAACUUUCGCUAACGAACUUAAGUUACGUAAAUUUUCAUGCAUGUGGUUACAGUUCGGAAACUAUUUUUUAAGUUUCUAAAGUUGAUUGCAAAAGAAAAUUGAAUGUAAUGUUCAAGGUUUCUGCUAACUAAACCUAGUCGUCCUUGAGUUUUUGCGAAGUUAAACUUCAUUUUGUGUUUCUUUCAAACAAUUUUUCUUGUUUUUUUGUCUACAAAAGGCAGUGGGCGGACCAGACCUCUCAGGUUGCAAGACGAAAAAUUUUCAUCAGGAAAAAAAAAUUGAUAAAAGUAAGUUAUCCAACUAAUCGGUGUCUUUAUAGUAAUGAAACUUCGAAUAUUUGAGCAUUAAAAGACCAUCGUUUGCCUAUAAAACAGACAGUAGCUGAAAAAUGUAUUCUUCAAAGAUGUUCUAUGAAAAUAAUAAGCUGUUUGCUAAUCAUUAAAAAAGUGCGACAAAGAGCUUUUAUUUGGUUGAAAGAAUUGAGACAGUCUCCGAAAGUUUAUCAUCAAGUUGCACAUUUCUGUGAAGAUGAUAGUUGACCAUUUAAGGCGAAACUCGCCAAACUUCGGCGGGAUUUGAUCACGCCAAAAGGAGGCGGCGGCGGCACCGGCGAAGGUUUCGACGUCGCCAAAACCGGAGACGCUCGCAUUGGAUUUGUCGGUACGUUUUUUGUUUCGAACUCUUUUAUUUGA